UAUAUCUAUCUCCGUUGUUUUAACAGCUAAGUUCAGAGACUAACAGCCAUGGAGCUUUGUAUCAGGUCCAGAGCGCUUCUAAAUUGGAGCCAACAGGCUCCACAAUUUCUGGGCAAAAGCUCUCUUUCCGCUACCCUCAAAACGCAGUUUCUCCAAUUCAACAACAAGAAGAAGAAUUACUUUAAUUUUCGCAAACUGCCAUCAUUUUCCCGCCAAGCCCAUUGUCCAGCAAUCCCUAAGUGUUCUCGUAAAUCCACAGCGUCAGCUGCUUCCUCUUCUUCUUCCGUGGCUGUUGGACCUGAGAAAGACCGGCUUCCAGCAGACAUUAAUGUCACGGAGACUGUAGAGCCCAAUUCUAGGUUGAGGUUGAGCGUAGAAGUCCCACCGGCUGUAUGCGACGAUUGUUAUAAAAGGGUCAUGAACGAGUUCAUGAAGCAAGCUAAGGUCCCUGGUUUUCGUCCUGGAAAGAAUGUUCCAGAGAGCAUUCUUUUAAGUUAUGUUGGCAAGCAGAAUGUUCUGAAGGCAACAGUCGAAUCUGUUUUGAAGAGGACCCUUCCACAUGCCAUGUCUUCGGUGACUGGAAGGGCUUUGAGGGAUUCAGUCCGAAUUGCAACCAAAUUCUCUGAUAUGGAGAAGGAUUAUUCUUCUCACAACUCUCUCAGAUAUGAUGUUAUUGUUGAUGUGGCGCCUGAAGUCAAAUGGAUCCCUGAUAAUGGAUACAAAAAUUUGAAGAUUAUUGUUGAAUUAGACAGUGACAUAAAUGCAAAGGGAGCUUCUGAAAAAGAAUUAAGACGUCGUCAAAAGUCCCUGGGUACACUGAGAAUUGUAACUGACAGAGGACUACAGAUUGGCGAUGUUGUAGUGCUUGACAUUUCAGCAACAAAAAUUGAUAAGGAUAAAUCAAAUGUUCAAAAUAUUCCGGAUGCAGAGAGUAAAGGUUUUCAUUUUGAUACAGAGGAUGGUGAUAAAGUACUUCCUGGUUUCCUUAAUUCAAUAAUUGGAAUCCAACAAGGAGAAAAAAAAUCCUUCCCUCUUGUGUUUCCUGAAUCAUGGAGCCAAGCAAGUCUUCGUGGUGUUCAUGCUCAAUUUACUGUUGAAUACAAAGAGUUGUUCUAUAGAGAUAUGCCAGAGUUGGACGACUCCCUUGCUGACAAACUCCUUCCUGGAUGCACUACAUUGCAGCAAGUCAAGGAUUCAUUGUUUCAGAAAUGCCUAGAAGUGGAGCAAAUGGCAAAAGACCAAGCAACUGACAAUGCAAUUCUCGACCAGCUUACCAAGAUGGUGGAGGUUGAUAUUCCCCAAUCCCUGUUUGAGGAACAAGGUAGACAGCUGUAUGGAGCAAAACUUCUUGAAAUCCAGGCAAAUAUGAAACUGAAUGAGCAGCAGUUGGCUUCUCUAUCUAGUCCAAAGGCAGUUAAUGAGUACCUAGAAAACCAAAAGGAGAACAUAACGAAGAUGAUAAAACAGAAUCUGGCUGUUGGAGAUAUAUUUAAACGAGAAAAUUUGCAGUUUUCAACAGAGGAGCUUGUCAAAGAAGUCGAGAACUCAAUUACUGAAUUCAAACGACACAAACAAGAAUAUGAUGAGGAGAGAGUUAGGGAUCAGGUACAAGAGGUAUUAGAGGGAGCAAAAGUGCUUGAAUGGCUGAGAGAGCAUGCAGAGAUUCAGUACAUAACCAGAUGAGAGAGAGAGAGAGAGAGAGAGAGAGAGAGAGAGAGGGAGUUCUACACACUGGGGAAGUGUUGAGUAGAAAUUGCAAUAUAGAGGUGCUGGUGCUUCACAAAAUUUUGAUUCUUCUGUAAUGAAUAUGGAAUGAAAUAUGACUCCAGUGUAGCACUGUUAAGAAAUGAAUGUAGGAUACGCAGUUCCAAACUUUCAUACGGAAAA